AUGUCCCCCACCGUCUCCCACAAGGACAACAGUCGGCAGCGCCGGCCGGGGACUUUCAAUCACUCUCUGGAUAUGAAGAGCGGGCCCCUGCCGCCGGGCAGCUGGGAUGACUGUCAUCCGGACGUGGCGGGCGGAGAAGGGGACAAAGAAGCUCUUCUCUGGGACACUGGCAUCAGUGGUUUCUCAAAGCCCCCGCGGAGCUGCCGGGCCGAGCUAAGCAGCAUUCUGCUGUUGCUUUUUCUUUACGUGCUGCAGGGCAUUCCCCUGGGCCUGGCGGGGAGCAUACCGCUCAUUCUGCAGAGCAAAAAUAUUAGCUACACCGAUCAGGCUUUCUUCAGCUUGGUCUUCUGGCCCUUCAGUCUCAAGUUGCUCUGGGCCCCGCUGGUUGAUGCAGUUUACUUUAGGAACUUCGGUCGGCGGAAGUCUUGGCUUGUCCCCACGCAGUAUGUCCUGGGGAUCUUCAUGAUGUAUCUGUCCACGCAGGUGGACCGAUUGCUCGGGAACACUGAUGGCAGAGCCCCCGAUGUGGUGGCCCUCACGGUGACCUUCUUUUUGUUUGAGUUCCUGGCGGCCACACAGGACAUCGCGGUGGAUGGUUGGGCAUUGACUAUGUUAUCCCGGGAGAACGUGGGUUAUGCUUCGACCUGCAAUUCGGUGGGCCAAACAGCAGGCUACUUUCUGGGCAAUGUUUUGUUUUUGGCCCUUGAAUCUGCCGACUUUUGCAACAAGUAUUUGCGGUUUCAGCCUCAACCCAGGGGGAUCGUUACUCUCUCAGAUUUCCUUUUUUUCUGGGGAGCUGUAUUUUUGAUAACAACAACUUUAGUUGCCAUUCUGAAAAAAGAAAACAAAGAGGUAUCAGUAGGAAAAGAAGAAACCCAAGGUAUCACAGAUACUUACAAGCUGCUUUUUGCAAUUAUAAAAAUGCCGGCAGUUCUGACAUUUUGCCUUCUGAUUCUAACUGCAAAGAUUGGUUUUUCAGCAGCAGAUGCAGUAACAGGACUGAAAUUGGUAGAAGAGGGAGUACCUAAAGAACAUUUAGCCUUAUUGGCAGUUCCAAUGGUUCCUUUACAGAUAAUAUUGCCUCUGAUUAUCAGCAAAUACACUUCAGGUCCCCGGCCACUAGAUGUAUUUUACAAAGCCAUGCCCUACAGAUUAUUGCUUGGAUUAGAGUUUGCUCUGCUGGUUUGGUGGACUCCUAAAGUAGAACAUCAAGGGGGAUUCCCUAUAUAUUACUAUUUCGUACUGCUGCUGAGUUAUGCGUUACAUCAGGUUACAUUGUACAGUAUGUAUGUUUCCAUAAUGGCUUUUAAUGCAAAGGUUAGCGAUCCACUUAUUGGAGGAACAUAUAUGACCCUUUUAAACACCGUGUCCAAUCUGGGAGGAAACUGGCCUUCUACAGUAGCCCUUUGGCUAGUGGAUCCCCUCACUGUGAAAGAGUGUAUAGGCGCAUCAAACCAGAGUUGUCGAACAGCUGAUACUAUUGAGCUUUGCAAAAAACUCGGUGGCUCAUGUGUUACAGCGCUGGAUGGUUAUUAUGUGGAGUCCAUUAUUUGUGUGCUUAUUGGAUUUGGGUGGUGGUUCGGUUUUGGUCCAAAAUUUAAAAAGUUGCAGGAUGAAGGACUGUCUUCAUGGAAGUGCAAAAGGAACAAUUAG